UUGGUUUGUUUAAAUCUCCCAUUCGUUGUGUGUUGCAAAGUCAUCUUUAAAAAAUGUCCAAUCUCAAAUUCCUCAACAACCUUUAUUCCUUUUUCUCCAAACUCAAAUUCUCACCUCCGCCCCCCGUCAUCGCCUCCCACACCCCACCCUCCGAUUGCUACUUCACCUCCAACCCCAUUUCCUCUACCACCGCCGACGACUGCGACGACUUCUUCUCCACCUCCUCCGACGCUGACGACUCCAUCUCGGACGACCUUGCCGCCCUCCUCGCCUCCCGCCGUUUCUUCUUCUCCUCCCCCGGUCGCUCCAACUCCAUUUUCGAAUACUCCUCCUGCUCCCGCCGCCAACAACCCCACGACGUCCUCGUCUCAGAAGGCCAUAGAAUCCGGAAAUACUCCAUGGACCCUUACGCCGACUUCCGACGGUCGAUGCAGGAGAUGGUCGAAGCUCGAGAAUUGGAGGACGUGAGAAGCGAUUCGGAGUUUUUGCGAGAGCUUUUGUCUUGCUAUCUCCGGUUGAAUCCCAAGAAUACCCAUAAAUUUAUUGUUAAAGCUUUUUCUGAUCUUGUACUCAGUUUGUUAGCUUCCUCCUCGCCGACUCCGGCGCCGGCUUCCAUAGCUCGCCGAAAAGUUGUUACGUCUCGAUAAUUUAAUAAAGAUUGAAUCUAUGGAGGUGACCUCUCAACAGUACCACUAAGGUAAAAUCCUUCUUUAAGGA